ACCACUGUGGAAGUAAAGAUGGCUGUGGUCGGACGUCUAUCAAGAAUAGCCAGACUGGGCUCAAACAUCCAUCGUUGGAUAUUUAACAAAAAUUUGAAGAGCCGAGGGAUAGCGUCAUGUAUAGACCCUUCUUAUGGACUCACAGAUGAACAGAAAGAGUUUCAGAAAGUGGCUUUUGACUUUGCAGCGAAUGAAAUGGCUCCUCACAUGGCCGAGUGGGACCAAAAGGAAAUUUUCCCAGUAGAGGCAAUGCGAAAAGCAGCUCACUUGGGGUUUGGUGGGAUCUACGUCCAGCCAGAUGUUGGAGGAUCAGGCCUGUCUCGGCUGGACACAUCGAUCAUCUUUGAGGCUUUGUCCACAGGAUGUGUGAGCACCACAGCUUACAUGAGUAUCCACAACAUGUGUGCCUGGAUGAUUGACACAUUUGGCAACAAUGAGCAGAGAGAGAAGUUUUGUCCUGAUCUCUGUACGAUGGAAAAGUUUGCUUCCUAUUGUCUCACUGAACCAGGCAGUGGAAGUGAUGCUGCUUCACUUCUGACCUCUGCACAGCGGAAAGGUGACCAUUACAUCUUAAAUGGCUCCAAGGCCUUUAUCAGUGGAGGAGGAGACACAGAUGUCUAUGUAGUAAUGUGCCGAACAGGAGGUAAAGGACCUAAAGGUAUCUCGUGUUUGGUGGUAGAGAAGGGAACAUCAGGCCUGAGUUUUGGAAAAAAGGAAAGAAAGGUGGGCUGGAACUCUCAGCCUACCAGGGCGGUGAUAUUUGAGGAUUGUACAGUGCCAGUAACCAACCGGCUGGGCGAGGAAGGACAGGGCUUCAACAUUGCCAUGAGAGGCUUGAAUGGAGGCAGGAUUAAUAUUGCCUCUUGCUCUCUGGGGGCAGCACAUGCCUCCGUGCUGUUGGCAAGGGAUCAUAUGCUGGUGAGGAAGCAGUUUGGAGAAACACUCGCCAACAACCAGUUUCUUCAAUUCAAACUGGCAGAAAUGGCCACCAAGUUAGUUGCAUCUCGCCUUCUGGUGCGUGAAGCUGCAACGGCAUUGCAGGAGAACCGGCCUGAUGCGGUUUCCCUCUGCUCCAUGGCCAAGCUCUUUGUCACAGAUGAAUGCUUUAAUAUCUGCAACCAGGCUCUGCAGAUGCAUGGUGGGUAUGGUUAUCUAAAAGACUAUGCAGUACAGCAGUUUGUGCGGGACAUUAGAGUCCAUCAAAUCCUAGAAGGAACCAACGAGGUGAUGAGGAUGAUUAUAUCCAGAAAUCUGCUGUCAGAGUCCUGAUAAAUCUUUUCUCCUGGACCAUAUUGCUGUGGUCUUUAUUUCUGGUUUGUUACUGUGUGACUGGACCUGAAUUGCCCUCUGCAACUUUACAAAAGUGACUGGAAAGUUUAGCGUAAAGCAUUCAGAAAAUUCUAGGAUUUUGUAGCAUAAUAUCAGAUCACCUGUUACAUGUUUAGCUCCGGUGUAGACAAGGGGCUUUUGGGAUGUCAAUAGUGAGUAAUGAAGCAGCUGUUUAACCAAUGAUACAAAGAUAAAUAUCUGAGUAACAGCUGGCUAGAUCAUCAUGAAUAAUAUACAAAUUUAUUUGUCACAUAGGAGUGAUCUGGAAGCUCAUCUGCUAUGUCAUGACUGAGCUUCUGGUAGAAAAGGUCAGUGUUUUGCAGGUUUCUGGAACAGCCUGCAGAUAUCACGAUGCUGCUCAAACACGACAGAUGAGUAGAAUACAAACAGGUUUCUUAAUCCCAAACUCUUGUCCCCUGGUUACCGACACAGAUGCAACACUGGGCAUUCCCUAACCUUUCAGGCAGCACCACCUUUGAGCUAAAAUUUCCAUUUGUACAACACUCGUGGCACUUAAAAGCUCUAAUGAAGCUCCGACAUUACACACAACCUGAUCAUUUUUACUGUUCAACUUGAAAGGAAACUUUAUAAUACGGAGCUGCGAUGUUGAGCCUCGUCUCUUGUUUUUCGUUGCUACGUAACAUUUUUUCUGGCUACACCAUCAUUGGUUAUAUGAAUUUAUGUUAACAUUAUAUUUCUUUUUUUUUUUUCACAGUUUAAAUCAGUUUGUAUGAGCAGAUUGAAAGUAUGUAAAGUAAAAGGUCCUCAACCAUUCAACACCAACUUUAUUUCAAAUGAAAGCAUCACAUGCAGUGUCAUCAUUUCUGUUCCUAAGUGGCCUUCCUGAUCGUAUUUAUACCAUAGUUACUGCGUUGUAUCUGUAUUCUGUCCUGUUUUAUCUGCAGUCAGCAGUGAAUUGUGUGGAUUUUAUGUUUUGUGGAUUUGCAAUCACACUCCAAAAUACACUUUCCUCAAAAGGAA